CACACACGCACGCGUAGUAGCGCUAUCUGGAAAACCAAACUCAUUUGACCAAAUUGCGACAAAGGCGCUAUCAAUCAGCCCAACACCGAUGCCAUCGAAAGGGAAGUUAUCGGCGUUGCGUAAAUGUCAUGUCUCCUCUCUUCGAUAAUGAGGUCGGCUUAGUUUUCUGCUUUGUUUCAUAUUGCAUUCUAAUAUUUCCAAGUGGCUAUUUAGCAUCGGAGGGAGCACUGCCAAAGGUCUUAAUCUGUGACAUGGUGUGUGGCACAUCAAGGAUUUGUGGAGUGUGAGAUUAGGGCUGUACGUCGUCAUAAAGCUCUACGUCUCAAUUCAGCCGUGUGGUGGUGGUGGUGGUGGUGGCGGCGGCAGUGGCAAGCGUAUGAGCAGUUACUUGCUGUGGCCUGUGACGUUGCUGGACGUUUGAGGAUACAAACCUUUGCUCUGGAUGAAUCACUGCAUAGCAGAAAUUUCUGAGAUGUAUCACUCUAUGGUUGGCGACUACACAAUUCAGGGCGGCGGAGAACACUGCGUGUAUGGCGGCGACGGUCCGGGCUACGGACACUGCGAAGCCCAACCUCUUCACCAUCAUCCGCCGUGCCUGGAGCACGUUUGGCCGUCGAGCCAGCGCGAUCAUUAUUUGCACGCUUGUGUCCCGUCCGCUUUGAAGAGUGACUUUUGCAGCACGGAGAUCCCGCUCAGUCAUUCUUAUCAUCACCCCGAGCAUUCUUCCGAGAUGAAAUCGGACCUCUCGCAUGUGCAGUGGAUGCAAGGCUCCCCCAUCAAGAAAGGGUACAUCCCAAGUUACAUGGACAACGACGAGCUAUGCGUAGUGUGUGGGGACAAAGCCACGGGCUAUCAUUAUCGCUGCAUUACCUGUGAAGGCUGUAAGGGCUUUUUCAGGCGGACAAUUCAGAAAGACUUGAAGCAAAGCUAUACUUGCAAGUACCAGGAAAAAUGUGCCAUAGACAAGGUGACCAGGAACCAGUGCCAGGAGUGUCGCUUCAACAAAUGCAUUGCCGUAGGAAUGGCGACUGACUUGGUGUUGGAUGAGAGCAAGCGGCUGGCCAAGCGCAAGUUGAUCGAGAUGAACCGGGAGCGUCGCCGCAAGGAGGAACUCCAAAAAACCCUGUUGGAUCAACGUGAGCCCACGCAGAAGGAGUGGGACCUCAUUCGCAUGAUUACUGAGGCCCAUAUGGCCACAAAUGCACAAGGAAAUUACUGGAAGCAGAAGCGCAAACUCUUGGUGGAGGAAAGCAUGCUUCUUAAUGAAAUCACACGCAAUUUAUUCGAUACCUCUGACCAGAAUGCGUUGGCGACCAAGGAAACCAAGCCUGCAAACAUUGGUCAUUCAUCCAGCGUAAAUAGCCCUGCAGUGGAUUUAGAGGCAUUCAGGCAAUUGACAAAACUUAUCAGCCCUGCCAUAACACGAGUGGUGGACUUUGCCAAAAAGCUCCCUAUGUUUGGUGAGCUGCCGUGUGAAGAUCAGAUCAUCCUACUGAAAGGCUGCUGUAUGGAAGUCAUGUCGUUGCGCGCCGCCGUUCGCUACGAUCCAGAGAGCCAGACGCUGACAAUUAACGGAGAGAUGGCAGUCACACGAGGACAACUUAAGAACGGAGGCUUGGGUGUGGUGUCGGAUGCCAUUUUCGACCUUGGUGUCUCGCUGUCCUCCUUUAACUUGGAUGACUCUGAGGUGGCUCUUUUACAAGCGGUUAUCCUGCUUUCAUCUGAUCGUCCAGGCUUGAGUAGCGUGAAGCGGAUUGAACGCUGCCAAGAGGAAUUCCUGCUGGCUUUGGAACAUUACAUCAACUAUCGCAAACAUAAAGUCGCUCAUUUGUGGCCAAAGCUGCUGAUGAAGGUGACAGACCUGCGAACGAUUGGCGCCUGCCACGCCAGCCGAUUCCUUCUCAUGAAAGUGGAGUGUCCCACUGAGUUAUUCCCUCCUCUGUUCUUGGAGGUAUUUGAGGACUGAUUGGAGGAUUCCGAUUGCAAACAUUGUAUGUGUGAGCACUUGAAUGGCGUGACUUUCACAUUAUGCACUACUGAGUAUCACUUCAUUUUGUAACUGUAGUGGGUAGUUUGGUGAUUGGGUGUCUUUCUGUGUGAGUAACUGGAUCGAUAGCAUUCUUGUUUUUUUUUUUACUUUGUAUUGUUUACUUUGUGUUGUUGCUGGGGAUUUCACCUUUCACCAUCCCUGCUCUUAGCAUAGGUCCUCUUUGUCUUGUUGAUGAUACAGUAGGAUUGUUUUAAAACAUCUGUUCAUUAACAGUGUUGCCAGUGACCUUGAAAAAGUAACGUAGUUACUUCACUGGUAAGUUCUUUUUAAAAGUAACAGUUACAUCACAAGCUACAUUAUUAGUUACUUUCAGAAGAAGCAACAAUACCACUUAAUGCAAAAAUGACAGCUCUUUUUGCCAUUGUCGUCUACGGAGUCUGUUUAUUGGUACCGUUGUCGUAUCGGAAGUGUGUUUAUUGGUAUAAUGGAAAUUCAAAUAUUUUUCUAGCAUUAAAACAAAAAAACGUCCUGAA